AUGUCGCACCCCGACCUCCUUCGCUCAGGAAACACGUCUUCGGGAAAGUUCGACGAUGUGAAAGCGGGAAAGGACAUCAUAGUCGUGGACGGCAUAGUCCAGCCCGGCACAGGUGGUGUCUCGACCUGGACCUUUAUGCAACCCAACUGGAAGGAGAAAACGACCUGGCUCCUGAAAAAAACAGUUUCUUUAGGACCACACCUCGUAGCUCACAACGACCACGGCCAGCACUAUAAUAUCGAGCCGAAGGAAGAGAUGACUUUCGAAGAUUACAAGGUCCAACUCGCACUGCUCAACACGAGGGCUGUACGAGUAGACGCGCUUCCCGAGGCAGACGCCCUUCGCGAAGCCGAAGAGUUCGUUCUUCCGAGACAGUCGAACCACAACGACAAGGCGACCCGCUUCAUCUUCAAUGCUCUUGCUUGUGUUGUUCACGAACGCGUCGCUAUCCCCAUGUUCCCCGAAUCUAACGAGAACGACUACUGCUACCUCGCCACUCUGGCCAAGUCUCUCGAGGACGGCAGCCUUAACUUGUCUCAGCUGAUCUGGGAGCCGGAGAGUGUCCUUAAGAAGGAUAAGGUAUUCACCGCAGCUGCUGUGUUGGCGUAUAUGAAGAAGGAGGAAGAGGCGAGGCUCGAUAAGGGUAACGAAGAUGCCGAGGCUGAUCUGGCCAACGACCACGCGUUUUUGCGCACUAUAAUGAAGUUCGAUGACGAGAGGAGCCCAUUUAUUGCGAAGCAAGCCUGA